GCUGAUCUCGCUGCGCUCCUUUACACCGGAACCGGAAGUGACUCCAGGCGGCAGGGACAACGGAGCCACAGCGCAGAGACAGCCGCGGCGCGAGGAAGGCAGGACCGCAAAGGACCGAGAGGCCACCGCCAUCAUGAGUCUCCUAAACAAGCCCAAGAGCGAGAUGACCCCUGAGGAGCUGCAGAAGCGGGAAGAGGAAGAGUUCAACACCGGGCCCCUGUCAGUGCUCACUCAGUCGGUGAAGAACAACACCCAGGUUCUUAUCAAUUGCCGAAACAACAAGAAACUUCUGGGCCGAGUGAAGGCCUUUGACAGGCACUGCAACAUGGUCUUGGAGAACGUGAAGGAGAUGUGGACGGAGGUACCCAAAAGUGGCAAAGGCAAGAAAAAGUCAAAACCAGUGAACAAAGAUCGUUACAUUUCCAAGAUGUUCCUGAGGGGGGAUUCAGUCAUCGUGGUCCUCAGGAAUCCACUCAUUGCUGGCAAGUAGCCGAGCCAGAGCCUCCCCUUCCCACCCCCACACUUGGCUCAGCCCAGUAAGGCUGAGGGGUCCACUAGUUUUACCUUUUGUGAAUAAAACCUUGUUGUUUUUUCUUCCCCUGUCUGGUUCUUGUGGGCCAGGUUGGACUGAGCAGACAGGUGCCCACAGAGAGGGUGUGUGGUGGGGUUGGGGUAAGAGUAGCAGAUGAGGCAGGGGUAGGGUUAGAGCACAGAAAGGGGCGACUGAGCCCCCAAGAUUGGGGCAGAGGUGUGGUGAGAGUAGUUCAGGUGAAGCAGACCUAGUACUCAGGCUGUUUCCCCCCAACACACAUGCACACACUCACACACACACACACACACACACACACACACACACACACAUCAAAUCCCUAACAUUUCUACCAUUGAGUUGUGAGUUGCCACAGAAGCAGUCUAUUGAAGGGACAGCCAUUAGUGGCUAAUGAAGUCUUGAAAUUUGGGGGUGCUAACAACUCCUACCAGAAUGCAGAGCCAAGCAAGGCUGGAGCCCCGGGGAGGUCAGGUCCCCCACCUCAGAAGCAUCAGAGGCAGCACAGGCCAAAUUCUCCCAUUCCCAGCUAAGGGUGUGUUCUGAGCUGUGCCUGGCACUCCUGGGCCUGAACUCUCAGGCUGACUUUUUCAUUCUCUUUCCCCACGAAGAACAGGUUGUUUCUAUUGUUGAUUUACAUAUGCUACUUUUACCAACCAGAAAAACGUAAACUCCCACCCCCUAAAUCCUCAUCUAUCACAGGGACUCCCAUCCUAGCCCUGUUGGACACAGCCUCCCACUGGCCUGCCUCUGACAGUGCAGGAGCCCUCCUCCUCCUUCCCAUCCCACCCUUAGGGAGUCACUGUUUCUAUCCCAGAGAGUACAGACUAUAUCAUAUUAUAAAGUCAUGGAAGUGGGGGUACAGUGAAAUUUAAACCCCUGUAGACAGGAGGAGGAAGAGGAGUUGGGGGAAUGCUUGGGGGUCUUAAGAAUAGGAAGGCUUAGAAUUACAGGCCCUUAGACCUGCAAGGGGCUUUAUAGACUGUCUCAUUCAACCCUUUCUUUAUAUAAAGGAAACUGAAUUGAAAAGAACAGCCUUGAUUUGCUUAGGGUCACAAAGGUAGCUCUCCUGGCCUUCCCAGACUUUGUUUGAGGUGAUACUGGGCUUGACUGAACUGCUCAACCUGACCCCAAGGAGCUCCCCUUCCUCUGGGGCUGUUACAGGCUUAAGACCCAAAGUCUCAUCCCCACCCCAAAGUCACAAAGCUUUACACCUUCAAGAAUCUCCCUCUGAUCCUCACAUCAUCUCAGUACAGAUUUGAAAAAUUUUGUAUCAUAUUGUAAGAGGGAAAGGGUAUUCCUUCACAAGGAGGGGAAGAAUCCUUUGGAUCUAUGGAAAUAAAAGAUGAUUUUCUCA